UAGCGCAAUGGCAGCCGCUACUUCAUCAAAGCUCAAGUGUUUCACCUGCUUCAACUUAAUUUUCGUUGCCAUAUUCUGCUGCAACGUAAACACAGGGAACGCACAGAGUUUUCCCGCGCAAUCCCUUGCAAAAGCUUUCUUUUGUUUCAACAACAAAUUUAUUUACACACGUUGCAAUGAGGCUUAUAGAUUGAAUGAGAGUGGCAACCUGAAUGUACCUCGUGAAGCAACUGACAUCUUCUGCACUGGACCCUGCUUAGCUGAGACACAGUUGGUACUCAAAUGUGUUGACAACAUUUUAUCAGACUUCACCUUUUAUAACAAGGCCACCAUUCGGGACAUCAGAGAGGUACUCCGUGCCGGUUGCAGCUACACAAGCAGAAGAGGGAAUUUUGAUGUGGGGGAUUAUUUCCAAGGUGAAAUAAGCGAGGCAAGAGCAUUGUGCAACUUCAUGAUCAGCUUGUCUGCAUUAACAUUAAUUAUUGGGUUUUAUGUUUUGAUAUUAUAGUUGCUCUAUGGCAAAUUGGC